CGCCCGUCUCGUUUUUGUUUACCAUCAUAAGAAACAUCAAUCACGAUAUUCAAAUGAGGUGAUAUGUGAUUUUUCCAUUUUUGAAAUGGGCAACUUGCUGUGCUGCUUCAAAACCAGACGGAAGAAGAAGAUUGUUCUUUUACUGUUAGGAUUGGACAAUGCGGGUAAAACGGUGGCCGCCAAGGGCCUGGCUGGGGAGCCUCAUGAGGGUGUUGUACCUACAGUUGGUUUUUCUGUUGUCCGAUUGACAUACCUCGACUAUAAAGUUAUAAUAUAUGACUUAGGAGGAGGACCAGGAAUCCGUGGAAUUUGGACAAAAUAUUUCGUGGACGCCCAUGGAGUUAUUUUUGUCGUCGACUCGAGUGAUUUAUCCCGAUUGGAUGAGGCAAAAAUGACCCUAUGUAAUAUAUUAAGCCACGAAAAAAUUUCAGGUAAGCCCGUCCUUUUACUAGCAAACAAACAAGACAACGAAAACGCCUUAGACGAAAUAGAUAUAAUUGAAGAACUGAACGUAGAAAGUCUAGUAAAUUCACAAAAGUGCCCCACAUUAGUGGAAAGCUGUUCUGCAACUGAAAUGGGCAGCCACACCCGGCUAGAUCCGGGAAUUAAGAAGGGUUAUGAAUGGUUAUUAAAUUACAUCGACAAAAACUACAAUCAAUUAAACAGCCGAGUGUCCUGCGACGUUAAAGCUCAGGACGAAAUAGAUAAAACCCUAAUGGCCGAAAAAAUAGCCAGGUUGAAAGCUAUGGAGCUGGUGGAGCAAAGAAAGAAGGAGGAGGACGCCAUCGAGUCCUACAGCGAUUACGCCAGGAAGUUGGACCAAGAAACUCAAACAAACAGUCGUCAAAACUCCUCCGAGGAACAGUACGAGAAGGCCAGCUCCAGCGUCGAGUCAUUCCCCCCAAUAUAUCAUGUGCAAGAACAAUCGGAUAGACCUAAGUCAGCCAGAGAAAUAGUCAAGGAUCAACUGCAAAUCAAGGAAAUCACAAAAAAAUCCUUCCCGGUACGACACCACAAAACGGCGCCCAUUAACUUCUUUCCUGUGAGGCGAAUUAAGUCGGCGAAUGAACGGCGAACCACCUCUAUGAUGUACCGGAGACAUCUGAAGUCGGCCGACACACACAGAAACUUUAAAUCCAUGGGUGACUCGGUGACUGUGGAUGUUGACUUACCUAACACUGUGUUGGUUGGCCCGGGCGGCGACGAUUAUCCCAGAGAAAUAUUUCACAUGAAUAAUAUUAAUAAGUCCACCGCUAGGCAUAAUAUUAGUCUGAAGGAUACAAAGAGUGAGGUGCCUUGGUUGCAUCGAACAAUUAAUGGUGAUAUUGGGAUUAGUGUUAUAGACGUAGAAUAAGUUUUUGAUCUCACUUGAAACUGUUUCUAGUCAAUUUAAAUGUAUUUUUAUAUGCACUGUUGAAUAAUUUUAUACUAUAAUAAAUGUUUUCUUAAUUCAA